AUGGCAGAGAAGGAAUCCUCCCCUCCCGAAAGUCACGCCGACCUCCAACGUCCAGAUGAGGUCGAGCGCAUCGAGGCUCCCGUCACCUGGAAGGCGUAUCUUAUGUGCGCCUUCGCCACCUUCGGUGGUAUCUUUUUCGGCUACGACUCCGGUUACAUCAACGGUGUUUCUGGUUCUUCUCUCUUCAUCGAGGCUGUCGAAGGCCCCGGUGCUACCGCCCUUACCAGCUCUCACCAGUCCCUCAUCGUCUCUAUUCUCUCAUGCGGAACGUUCUUCGGUGCCCUGAUGGCUGGCGACUUUGCUGAUUGGAUCGGUCGUCGCACCACCGUCAUUCUUGGAUGUUUCGUCUACGUCGCAGGUUGCGUUGUCCAAACCGCCACCACCGUCAACAACCAAAGCCAGGCUCUCGGUCUCAUCGUUUCCGGCCGUCUGCUCGCAGGUUUCGGUGUCGGUCACGUCUCCGCCACUAUCAUCAUGUACAUGUCCGAGAUCUGCCCCAGGAAGGUCCGUGGCGCCUUGGUGGCCGGCUACCAGUUCUGCAUCACCGUCGGUAUCCUCCUCGCCGCCUGCGUCGUCUACGCCACCCAGGACCGCGAGGACACCGGCCAAUACCGCAUUCCCAUCGCCAUCCAGUUCGCCUGGGGUCUCAUCCUCGGCGUCGGUCUCUUCUUCCUCCCCGAAUCCCCCCGCUACUACGUCAAGCGCAACAACCACGAAGCCGCUCGUCUCUCCCUCUCCAAACUCCGUGGCCAGCCCACCGACUCCGAGUACAUCGAGUCCGAGCUCGCUGAAAUCAUCGCCAACGCCGAGUACGAGAAGAAGGUCAUGCCCAACACCACCUACUUCGGCACCUGGGCCCAGUGCUUCAGCGGCAGCGUCUGGGAGGCCAAGUCCAACCUCCGCCGCACCAUCCUCGGUACCUCCCUCCAGAUGAUGCAACAAUGGACCGGUGUCAACUUCAUCUUCUACUACUCGACCCCCUUCCUCCAAUCCACCGGCGCCAUCUCCAACACCUUCCUCAUCUCCCUCAUCUUCACCCUCAUCAAUGUGCUCUCGACGCCCAUCUCCUUCUGGACCAUCGAGCGGUUCGGACGCCGCCCACUCCUCAUCUGGGGUGCCCUCGGCAUGCUCAUCUGCCAGUUCAUCGUCGCCAUCGUCGGCGACACCGUCGGCUUCAACCACACGCACCUCAACGACGCCGGCGACCAGAUCGCCGACAACAUCGCCGCCGUCAACGCCCAAAUCGCCUUCAUCUGCUUCUUCAUCUUCUUCUUCGCCUCGACCUGGGGCCCGGGUGCAUGGGUCGUCAUCGGCGAGAUCUUCCCGAUCCCGAUCCGUUCGCGCGGCGUCGGGCUCUCGACGGCGAGCAACUGGUUGUGGAACACGAUCAUUGCGGUGAUCACGCCGUACAUGGUGAACGAGGACGAGGGCAACCUCCGCUCGAACGUGUUCUUCGUGUGGGGCGGCCUGUGCACGUGUGCGUUCGUGUACUCGUACUUCCUCGUCCCCGAGACGAAGGGCUUGACGCUGGAGCAGGUCGAUCGGAUGUUCGAGGAGACGACCCCGCGCAAGUCGGCGCAGUGGAAGCCGACGACGACGUACGCCGCCCAGCAGGCUGCGCUCGAGAAGCACGAGGACGCGUAA